GAGAGGGAGAGACAGAGAGAGAGAAGAGAAGAGAGACAGAGAGAGAGAGGGAUCGAGGAGGAGAGGAGAAGAAACAGCAAGCAAGAUUCAUAAACACGAGAAGAAACAGCAAGAAGAUUCAUAAACACGAGAAGAAACAGCAAGAAGAUUCAUAAAAACACGAGAAGAAACAGCAAGCAGGAUUCAUACCCCCCUGCAUGAAGAGGUGACCGGGGGGGUGCUUCCCUGGAGAUGCGCUGGACGGGACUCGGGUGCAGCAGCGCGACCCGGGACAGGAGCGGCGCUGCGCGCAUUGCAGCCGAGUCGCGCUGUUUGAACCGGGGGUCGAGUGGGGUGAGGAGGCUCGGCACACCUUGAACUAGAACCGGGUCCGCAAGAGACACGCCGGCCGGGAGAUCCGGGCUUUUAAUUAUUAUUAUCAUUAUCAUUAUUAUUAUUAUUAUUGUUCAUAUCGCAAGGAGAAGGCGCCGCGAUGUCGGCGGAGGAGAGGCAGCGCGGCUUGGAGCGCUUUCUUGUCGGGGGUCCCGUGGAGAGCGACUCCUGGCUCAGCGUGGAGACGCUGCUGGACGCGCUGCUCUGCCUGUACGAGGAAUGUGGAAACAACGCGCUCAGACGAGACAAGAAAGCGGCCGAGUUCGUGGAGUGGGUCAAGCCGUUUGUUUCCAAGGUGCAGCAGCUCCGUCUGAAGAGAGAAGACUUUGAGAUUCUAAAGGUCAUAGGUCGUGGCGCUUUCGGGGAGGUGGCAGUGGUCAAGAUGAAAAACACAGAGAGGGUUUUUGCCAUGAAGAUCCUGCACAAGUGGGAGAUGCUCAAGAGAGCUGAUACGGCCUGUUUCAGGGAGGAGAGGGAUGUUCUUGUGAAGGGAGACAAUCAGUGGAUCACAACCCUGCACUAUGCCUUCCAGGAUGAGAGAUACCUGUAUCUGGUGAUGGAUUACUACGUGGGCGGGGACCUCCUCACUCUGCUUAGUAAGUUUGAGGACCGGCUCCCAGAAGACACAGCGCGCUUCUACAUUGCAGAGAUGGUGCUGGCCAUCGACUCCGUCCACCAGAGGAACUAUGUGCACAGAGACAUCAAGCCGGAUAACGUGCUGAUCGAUAUGAAUGGACACAUCCGAUUGGCCGAUUUCGGGUCCUGUCUGAAGCUGCGCAGUGACGGCACGGUGGAGUCCUCGGUGGCGGUGGGCACCCCUGAUUACAUCUCCCCUGAGAUCCUGCAGGCGAUGGAGGAUGGGAAGGGGAAGUACGGCUCCGAUUGUGACUGGUGGUCCCUGGGGGUCUGCACCUACGAGCUGCUGUUCGGAGAGACCCCCUUCUACGCAGAGUCGCUGGUGGAGACCUACGGGAAGAUCAUGAACCACAAGGAUCACCUCCAGUUCCCCUCUGACAUCACAGACGUGUCGGAGCAGGCGAAAGAUCUGAUUGGCCAGCUGAUCUGUGAUCGGGGGUGUCGGCUGGGGCAGAACGGGGUCGAGGACUUCAAGAGCCACCCCUUCUUCACUGGGAUCGACUGGGAGCAGCUCCGCACCAGCACCCCCCCCCACAUCCCCGAGGUCAGCAGCCCAGUCGACACGUCCAACUUCGACGUGGACGGAGAGGCGCUCAAGAGCUCGGAGACGCUCCCCCCCUCCUCUCACGGCUCCUUCGCUGGACACCACCUGCCCUUUGUGGGAUUCACCUACACCUCACACUGCUCCCUGUCGGACCGCGGCUGCCUGAAGGAAUCGUCUCCAGGAUCAGAGACAGGAUCGGGAGGGAGCGAGAAGAGACUGGAGCUGGAGAACCAGGAACUGAGACGAAAACUACAGGAGUUUCAGACCAACGGCCCCCCCACCCCACUCAGCCCACCUGGCAGAGACCCCCCCGAAGUGAAGAGACUGAAGGACGAGGUGGAGAGACUGAGGAGGAAACUGACAGAGAGUCCACUGGAAGGGAGCGAGGGAGCGAGACAGAGAGGAGAAGACGAGUCCAAACAGAUGAAGACUCUGGAGAAUCAGCUGAGAGCAGCGAAAAAGGAGAGGGAGGAGCUGAGCAAGGAGCUGAGCGAGUCCGAGUCCCGCCUCCUCUCCCAGGGGAAGGAGCUCCGGGAGGCCCAGGCCAGGCUGCGGCAGGCCGUGCAGGAGCAGCGGGAGUUGGAGGAGAAGCAGGAGGAGUGGCAGGCGCACAGACAGAGGCUCACGAGACAGCUCCGGGACCGGGAGGAGGAGAGGGAGCUGGAGACCGGGAGAGUGGAGACCCUGAGACAGGAGCUGAGGAGAGCGGAGAAGAGCAAGAAAGAGGUGAGGGGAGAGGAGAGCCUGAGACAGGAGCUGAGGAGAGCGGAGAAGAGCAAGAAAGAGGUGAGGGGAGAGCCUGAGACAGGAGCUGAGGAGAGUGGAGAAGAGCAAGAAAGAGGUGAGGGGAGAGCCUGA